UGGCUGUCCGUAUGCGCGACUUUCACAACCAACAACUUCCUGGCAUGUCAGUAUAUAUAGAAAGUCUUAUGUUCGCCUAACCUCUCCUUCUUCUCUUUCCAGAAUUGCCCUCUUAUGAGUGCACUAACAUGACCGAUCAGCCUAACCCUAUCUGCCGAACAACAUUCAAACUAAACAAUGGAGCCAGUAUUCCUGCUGUGGGGCUCGGUACAUGGCAAGGGCGACCAGGCAGCCAAGAUGCCCAACUCCUCCGCGAAACCAUCAUCCACGCCCUCCGGGGCGGCUAUCGCCUCAUCGACACCGCCCAGUCGUACGGGGUCGAAGACAUCGUCGGCUCUGCGAUCCGCGCCAGCGGCGUAGCACGUCACGAAAUCACCGUGGUAACAAAACUCGUCGGCGCGGCGCUGCUCAACCCAGCCGCGGCGCUACAGAAAUCCCUCAACCAACUAAACCUCGAAUAUAUCGAUCUAUUCCUGAUGCACUGGCCCCAGGCCCUGACGCCAGAUGGCUCACGGCCAUACAGGCCCGACGAGCGGCCGACAUUUAUGGAUUCGUGGAAAUUGAUGGAGAAGCUCGUUGAGCCUGGGAGUGCGACAGCGAGACAGUGUCGCGCGAUUGGCGUGAGUAAUUUUACGGAAAAGACACUAAACACACUUCUCGAAGAGGCUACUGUCGUGCCCGCCGUUAAUCAGAUUGAAUUACACGCGUUCAAUCCAGCGCUCAACCUCGUCCCGUUCUGCCACAAGCACGGGAUCCAGGUGAUGAGCUGGAGCACGCUGGGCAGCCGCCAGGCGCCGGAGAUUCUGACAGACGAGCCCUUCACAACGCUCGCGCAGAAACAUAAUACAUCGCCGGCAGUCAUAUCGCUGUCAUGGUGUGUGCAGCGCGGGGUAGUUGUGGUUCCCAUGAGCGGGAAUCCCACGCGGAUUGACGAGAAUAUCCGGCUGAUCACGCUGCCGGACGAGGAUGUUGAGACGAUGAAUAAUGCGUAUAAGACCAGACGAGUGCGGCUGUCAGAUGCGAAUGAGAGGCUCAGGUUUGAUGUCCCGGGAAAGGGAAGGCUCUUGAUGGGCUGGACCAAUGUGGAGUUUGGGUUUGAGGAUGAGCAGGGGAAUUGGCUGAAUUAGUAUAUUAUGACCAUGUACGACCCAUGUAUAUAUAUUGAAUCUCAUAUAAUAACCUUGAACCAACAUUUGAAACCG